AUGAGAAAUGAUCGCAAUUUGUGCUACACAUUGGUUGUCGUUGGAGCUCUAGCUCUUCUCAACGCCAUCGUCAACACAUUGUCGAGGCCGGCCAACUGCCGCGGUCAUGUCAUCUCGAUCCAUUGGAUCAACACAAUCAUUCUACUCGCCGGACUCGCGCCAUUCAUUUUCUAUCAGAAAACCAUCAAGACCUACACGGCAAUAGUGGUCACCAAUCUAAUAAGUUUCGGCAUCUCAAUCGCAUGCACGAUAUCCGAUGUGACCAACAUCUAUAAAGUGCUAUUGAACAAUGACGCCCAAAGUUUAAUAGUAGAUCAAUCCGAACUCGACACGCGAAAACACCUAUUCAUCUAUAAUUGCGUCGAUCUCGUUCUAUGCACACUAGCCGCCUGCAUAUCGCAUCAAUUGAUCAAAAACCGAAUUGCCAUCGCGCCAAUUUUGCAUUUGGUGGACAGCCGAAAAAUGCAAGGCCUCGGCGUCUCGCUGAUCAUCGUCUCGGUGCUCGGCAUCCUCGUCCACCUAUUCCAGCGCCUCAUCGCCGUCCAUCACAACAUGGGCGUCGUGCUCGACAUGUACACCAUCGACGAGUUCUCAUGGCUCGUCAUUUCUCUAACCACCGGCGUGUGUGUGUUUCUGUCGUCGCAAGGCAAUCAGCUCGUCCAAACGUGCUCAUUCGUCCUUUCCGGCGCGUUGAUCUACCCGGCAUUCUUCUACACGUGGCUUGAUUAUAGAAUCACAAUUUCGAUUCAUUCCGAAUUCCUACUGAAACAAUCAAUAUUCUCGAUUUGCCUCAAUUUCGCGCAAAUCGUCGUCCUCUGCUGCACAUUCCUCACGUUCACGACGUCCAUCAGAGACAUGCCGCAAGUGGCAAUCGGCCGUCCGCACAAGCUCACCCUCGUCGGCUUCGCCGUCUUCUUCCUCGCCGUCGCCAUCGGCCUUGUCGACACCGCGUUGUACUCAUUGUUCGCCGGCCAAUUCCGACAGGUCUUCACCACUUCGGACCAUAAGUUGCCAUUCUUCGCCUUAUUCCUAUCGCUGUUCAGCGGUGUCAGCGUCUAUCAGAAAUUCAAUUAUAUCACGAUUCCGGCAACAUUAAUCAUCGCGAUUCUCGCCGUCAACAGCACCUAUUUGCACAUUUUCGCCUAUUUGUAUAUCCGCUGGAACGGAUUCAAUCUAAAUAAGGAUAUUCUAUUCGUGACAAAAGAGGAAUAUGAGAAACGGGUCAAUGUCUCAACAUCCACGGUUUCCCAGUACAUCGACAAUUAUCUUCAUGUCUCAUCGCUGAUUGCCGCUUUUGGAUUGGCAAUCUUUCUAAUGAUUGUCAGCCGAUCGCAUAGUCCGAACGACGAGAACGACAGCGCGUUGUCGUCGAAGGAAAUUCAUGAGAGGAGAAUUCGGAAUUAUGGCGUCGCGAUGCUCAUCGGCGCGAUUUGUGUGCUCAUCGUCGGCAUUUCGACGUUUUUCAUCAACGAUUUGGAGCAUCCAAUUCUCACGAUUUAUCUGGAAAUCUAUCAAAUCGUCGUCGCGCUGGGAAUCACAACAUUCGCGUUGUUUCAGGUUUUGGUGUCCGAGAAACUCUCAAAAUUCCCGAUAUUCACCAACGCGCUUCUCAUGCUCUCAAUAAUUCGAUGUGUGGACAUUUUAACGCAAAUCGACUAUCGUGAUGCCGGCGAGAGCCCACUGGGAUGGCUCGUGCACGUCAUCGUCGAGUAUUUGUCAAUUUUCGCGCAUUUUCUGACGAUCGGCGAAAUUCUGCAAAUUCAAGGCGCUGGAAGAGAGCUACUCGAACCGGCCGAUGUUCCGAUGUCAUUCGAGAAUCCAAUUGGUAACGCGACCGACGAGAAUGGUUAUAUUCUACUACGUGCCAAUGAAACGAAUUAA